AUGGGGAUGGGUUUGUUCAUUCCCCCAGCUCACUGCAUUUCUCUUCCCUUUUCUAGACUGAUCAGCCACACUCCUUCUUACUGUGAUGAGUCGCUAUUUGGCUCCCGACCUGAGGGCACCAGCUGGGAGGGCCCGUGGAUGGCAAAGGGGGAUGCUGCCAAACUCCAUGCCCUCUUCUGGACACCCCCAGCCACCCCUAGGGGCAGCCACUCGCCCCGCCCCAGGGAGACCCCGCUGCGAGCCAUUCACCCAGCUGGUCCCUCGAAGACAGAGCCCGAGGUGGUGGCAGACUCCCGGAAGCUGUCCAUAGAUGGGUUAGACUCUCCACACCCUCAGAGGCGGGAACGUUCCCAUUCCCUUACAUGCCUGAAUGUCCCCAGCACUGGUCGCCCACCUGCCAGUGCCCCCCACACCAAUGGGCCUCGGGAUCCCAGGCCUUCCCUGUCAGGGGUGACCUUCCAGAGCCCCCUAGUGACGCCCAGGGCUUGCUCAGUUCGUAUUUCACUGCCAGCCACCCCCCAACAAGGUGGGGCCACCCAGAAACCAAAGCCCCCUUGGAAAUGAGUUUCUUGGUCCUCUCAUCAGGUUUGCCCAUGGGGUCACGGUGAGGGGCCCAGUUUCAGAGUCUCCCAGGUAACCAUGAGGUAUUGGAGAAGCGCUCAGGGGGGCAGACAUAGCAAGAGUGGGUGGUGCCCCCCUUUAUGCUGACAUCCACCAGUUUCUUCCUACCUUUUACUCCAUGAUGGGGAUUUGACGGCUCCCCCUUGAGAUGCCUGUUCCCAGUCUUGCUAUAGCCACAGGCCGAGUGAGUGCCAACCCAGGGGUGCCCCUGGGAGGGGCCCACCACUCCCCCAUCACUCCCACAGCAUCGUCUUGUUGCCAAGUGUGAAUAAAUGGCACGAUCGCCAACCUGGAGGGUCCCUUCUUCCUUCAAGCCAGGCUUCCUGCUCAGGAUGAGUUUCCAGCUGAGUCUGGAGUUUUCCCAGGCACAGUGAACGGACCAUGGGGAACAGAGGAUCUGGGUGAUGUGUGGGUGGACAUGUUUUUAUUUUUAAUAAUCAUGUAUUUUCACAUAUUAAAAAUAUAUCAGUAGCUCA